UUUCAGGCAAGAUGGCAGCGUCCUUGACAGGCAUGUUUUGAUUUCAGUGGAGUGUCAGACAUGCUCGGCAGUUGCAGACUGAACGGGCCGGACCGCUGACAGCCAGAGCGGAACAUGGAGAGACGAGAGUUCGUGGCGUCCCUGGUGGCAGGAGGCUGUGCAGGGAUGUGUGUGGAUCUGACCCUCUUCCCCCUGGACACCAUUAAGACCAGACUGCAGAGUCAGCAAGGCUUCUACAAGGCAGGGGGCUUCAGGGGCAUCUACGCUGGGGUCCCAUCUGCUGCUGUCGGCUCCUUCCCCAAUGCUGCUGCUUUCUUUGUCACCUACGAAUGCACAAAGUCCCUGCUUGGCGCUGGCGGAGCGCUCGCAGCACCACAUGCGGCCCCUGUCACUCACAUGCUGGCCGCCUCCCUGGGUGAAAUAGUGGCGUGUCUUAUACGGGUCCCCACAGAGGUGGUCAAACAGAGGACCCAGGCUUCUCCGUCGUCCACCACCUACCAAAUGCUGCUGGCUACACUCAGAGAAGAGGGUGUGCGAGGCUUGUACAGAGGGUUCGGGAGCACCGUUCUCAGAGAGAUCCCGUUCUCACUGGUGCAGUUUCCACUUUGGGAAUAUUUAAAGACUCUGUGGUCAUGGAGGCAAGGUCACACGCUCUACUCUUGGCAGGCUGCAGUGUGCGGAGCUUUUGCAGGUGCAGUAGCGGCAUUUGUUACCACUCCUCUUGACGUGGCAAAGACCAGGAUCAUGCUCGCAAAGGCCGGCUCGACCACAGCGAGCGGCAACAUCCCAGUGGUGCUCUACGACGUGUGGAAGAGCCGAGGCCUUACAGGUCUGUUUGCAGGCAGCAUACCGAGGAUGACCUUCAUCAGCGUUGGCGGUUUCAUCUUCCUGGGAACCUAUGAAAAGGUCCGCCGCACUUUGCUAUAGCACCACAUCCUCUCGUGACCGUCCUGAGCCCAGACCUGGUGCAAGAGAGUGGCAGGGAUAGCAUCUCCAGGAAGUAGCACCCUGAGGGCCCCCCUGCACUUCCAUGCUGCAGGGCCCCCGAGAAGCAAGGAUCACCUGGUGCUCGGGGAGAAGAGCCGUCCGCAAGCUUGAUCCCAUUACCCAGCAUUCCUGCUCAUCGCUGCCCUGCAGAUUGAGUGUAACAGCCGCAGUCCCACUUGUUGAGCAGCACCAGUGGCUCGGCGAAACGGAGCCACACAAGACAAGACGAGCAGUGAAGCAUCUUUACUGUUUAAUGUGUGUGUGAAUGAACGAGUUAUGGUUUUUAAAGACUGUCUCUUCUUCUACUUUGAGUGAGGUGUGGUGAUUCCUUUGGUUCCCUGUGGGCUGCCUUCUCUACAUUGUUUCAUGAUUAUUUUAGUGUUUUAUCCAUAUUUUCUUCUCUCCAUUAAGCCAAGCCACCUGUGUUAAAGAUCCACCGGGGAGACACAGUAAUAUCUUAGCAUUGUUACAUUCCCGCUGGAGCACAACUGAGCUCAUCCAUCUGCAAGAGCUUUAAAUUCAUACUUAAGAUGCCUCCAACAAUAAACCACUUUGUUAAAUUAACAAGGCCUUUGUUUUAUUAAGAGCCCCCAGGUGUCCUGCACCAGCCUGUGUCUUACAGUUUGGGGUAUAUCUGCCGUCUUUAUUAUGAAAUAUUGUUAUUAGGUGAUUGGAAAAGAUCAAUUAAGAUGGCGACUUUUUUGUAAGGUGCACUUCCUUAAUCUCAAACCUGUAAAAAUGCAGGUUUAUUCAAAGUUACAUUGAUCCAGAUUCAGAUACUGUUGUUGAUUUCCAGUAGAGCAACGAGAGAACCUACAGUAAGGGAUGUUGUUAUCACAAAAAGUUAUACGUUCAUGGUUGAGAAUUAACUUUAAACUGUAAUCUGAGAGAUGAGAUCGAUAAAGCUACCACCAGCUGUCGGCUAACUUAGCUUAGCAUGGACACUGAAAACGGGGAAACAGCUAACCUGGCUCUUUCUGAAGCUCCCUCAUUAACACAGUGACCUUCAAGAAGUACGUUUUUCCUAAAAAUAAUAGUCUCAUACAGAACCCCUGUGUUUAUGUAUGCAUUAAACAAAGGCUUAAUAUUUAGCAGAUAUAAACGAGAGUGACAUCGAUCCUCUCGUGUAACUAAAGUAAAUAAGUGUAUUGUCCAAAAUGUACAAAUAUUCCAUAAAGAACAGGGUUAGAAUGAAAAAGCACUGAUACUAUGAAGCAGAGUAAACGAGUAAAAGUUUCUGUUAAGCAGCUGGUGAAACUAUUAAAUGUGCUGUUUAAUUGUAAUAGGUCCUAGGUUUG